GAGAGGCACCCCCAUUAAGGUGCUGGGCUGGGUUCACAGAGGGGCUCCCUGGAGCAGGACUUCUUCCCACCUAGACAUCACCGGCGGAGGGCAGGAGCAGGUGUCCCAGCUUUGGGAUAUCUCCCAGGUCUGACUGGCCUGCGUGAGCCCCCCAUGAGCAGAGACGUCCCAGAGGUGUUCCUCGCAGGGGGAGACCCACUGCCCCACGGCCACACUCGCCGCUGCCUGUCUGUGGUCGAAUCUAGAGAGCAGCUGGAGGAGGAGGAAGAGGAGGAGACAAAGGAGGGCCAUGGCGUCCACGCUGUGCCCCUCCGGAGGACGGGGGCUUUCCGUGCCCAGAGCCACCACUACGACCCCUUCAAAAGGCAUAGUUGGGGGCCAGACGGGAAGCAGCAGGAUCCUCUGAGCAGGAGCACACUGCAGGCAUCGGGAUGUGUGGGCCCCCAGGAGGCCCCCUUACUGCAGAGCCAAGAGGACCUGGAGCCCUUUGUGGAGCUGCAGCACCGAGGUGGCCCAGCCCGCCGUGUGGACCAUUCAGACUUUCUAUUUCUUCUAGAUUCAAUUUUGGGUCAGGGUUCCUGUCAUCCAUCUGCUGGCCCUUUGGACCAUUCGGCCACUGGUAUGCUUCCCAAGUCUGUAUCCAUGAGUGGCAUCAACUGUUUCUUGGGCAGCUCAGAUCCAGCUGGAAAUUUACCCCAGUUCUCUGCCGCGGACCUCAGCCAAAGCUGUAGCCAACUGGAACGGAGCUCAGGGACCUGGGCCGGCUCCUCCCUGCGACGGACCUUCAGCUUCCUCUUGAGCAUGACCGGAAAGACCAAGGCCCGGGAGAAGGAGAAGAUGAAGGAAGCGAAGGACGCCCGCUACACCAACGGGCACCUCUUCACCACCAUCUCCGUUUCGGGCAUGACUAUGUGCUAUGCCUGCAACAAGAGCAUCACGGCCAAGGAAGCCCUCAUCUGCCCGACCUGCAAUGUGACUAUCCACAACCGCUGUAAAGACACCCUGGCCAACUGUACCAAGGUCAAGCAGAAGCAACAGAAAGCCGCCCUGCUGAAGAACAGCACUGCCUUACAGUCUGUGUCACUCCGCAGUAAGACCACCAGCCGGGAGCGGCCAAGCUCCGCCAUCUACCCCUCCGACAGCUUCCGGCAGUCCCUGCUCGGCUCCCGCCGUGGCCGCUCCUCCCUGUCUUUAGCCAAGAGUGUUUCCACCACCAACAUUGCUGGACACUUCAACGAUGAGUCUCCCCUGGGGCUGCGUCGGAUCCUGUCCCAGUCCACAGACUCGCUCAACGUGCGGAACCGAGCCCUGUCGGUGGAAUCCCUCAUUGACGAAGGUGCGGAGGUGAUCUACAACGAGCUGAUGAGCGACUUUGAGAUGGACGAGAAGGAUUUCACCGCUGACUCCUGGAGCCUUGCUGUGGACGGCAGCUUCCUGCAGCAGCAGAAGAAGGAGGUGAUGAAGCAGCAGGACGUUAUCUACGAGCUCAUCCAGACGGAGCUGCACCACGUGAGAACACUGAAGAUCAUGACCCGGCUUUUCCGCACGGGGAUGCUAGAGGAGCUGCAGCUGGAGCCCAGUGCCGUGCAGGGCCUGUUCCCCUGCGUGGACGAGCUCAGUGACAUCCACACGCGCUUCCUCAGCCAGCUGCUGGAACGCCGGCGCCAGGCCCUGUGCCCGGGCAGCACCCGGAACUUUGUCAUCUCUCGCUUGGGUGACCUGCUCAUCAGCCAGUUCUCGGGUCCCAGCGCGGAGCAGAUGCGGAAAACCUACUCAGAGUUCUGCAGCCGUCACACCAAGGCCCUGAAGCUCUACAAGGAGCUGUUCGCGCGGGACAAGCGCUUCCAGCAGUUCAUUCGGAAAGUGACCCGCUCGGCAGUGCUGAAGCGGCACGGGGUGCAGGAGUGCAUCCUGCUGGUGACCCAGCGCAUCACCAAGUACCCGGUGCUCAUCAGCAGGAUUCUGCAGCAUUCCCACGGGGUCGAGGAGGAGCGCCAGGACCUGGCCACGGCGCUGAGGCUGGUGAAGGAGCUGCUGUCCAACGUGGACCAGGACGUGCACGAGCUGGAGAAGGGGGCCCGCCUGCAGGAGAUCUACAGCCGCAUGGACCCCCGCGCCCAGACCCCGGUGCCUAGCAAGGGCCCCUUCGGCCGGGAGGAGCUUCUGCGACGCAAGCUCAUCCAUGACGGGUGCCUGCUCUGGAAGACGGCGACCGGCCGAUUCAAAGAUGUGCUGAUGCUGUUGAUGACAGAUGUGCUGGUGUUUCUCCAGGAGAAGGACCAGAAGUACAGCUUCCCUGCCCUGGACAAGCCCUCGGUGGUGUCACUGCCCAACCUCAUCGUUCGGGACAUCGCCAACCAGGAGAAGGGGAUGUUUCUGAUCAGCGCGGCGCCCCCGGAGAUGUACGAGGUCCACACGGCGUCGCGGGAUGAACGGAGCACCUGGAUCCGUGUCAUUCAGCAGAGUGUGCGCCUGUGUCCGUCCAGAGAGGACUUCCCCCUGAUUGAGACAGAGGAUGAGGCUUACCUGCGACGAAUCAAGAUGGAGCUCCAGCAGAAAGACCGGGCACUGGCAGAGCUGCUGCGAGAGAAGGUCGGGCUGUUUGCCGAGAUGACCCAUUUCCAGGUGGAAGAGGAUGCCGGCAGUGGGUUGGCCCUGCCCACACUGCCCAGGGGCCUGUUCCGCUCCGAAUCCCUCGAGGCCCCGCGUGGCGAGCGGCUGCUGCAGGAUGCCAUCCGUGAGGUGGAAGGCCUGAGAGACCUGCUGGUGGGGCCUGCCGUGGAGCUGCUCUUGACGCCCCGGGAACCAGCCCUACCCGUGGAAGCAGAGCGUGGCGGUAACACAAGUCCUGGGCUCACUGCCAAUGGUGAGGCCAGAACCUUCAACGGCUCCAUUGAGCUCUGCAGGGCCGACUCAGACUCCAGCCAGAAGGAUCGAAAUGGAAAUCAGCUGAGGUCUCCGCAGGAGGAAGUCUUGCAGCGAUUGGUCAAUCUCUAUGGACUUCUCCAUGGCCUACAGGCGGCUGUGGCCCAGCAGGACACUUUGGUGGAAGCCCGGUUCCCUGAGGGCCCCGAGCGAAGGGAGAAGUUGACGCGAGCCAACUCUCGGGACGGGGAGGCUGGCAGGGCUGGGGCCGCCCCUGCGGCUCCUGAGAAGCCGGCCACGGAACUGGCCCUGCUGCAGAGGCAGCAUGGGCUGCUGCAGGAGGAGCUGAGGCGCUGCCGGCGGCUGGGCGAGGAGCGGGCCACCGAGGCCGGCAACCUGGAGGCCCGGCUCCGGGAGAGCGAGCAGGCCCGCGCCCUGCUGGAGCGGGAGGCCGAAGAGGCCCGCAGGCAGCUGGCCGCCCUGGGCCACACCGAGCCCCUCCCCGCCGAGGCCCCCUGGGCCCGCAGGCCAAUGGACCCCCGGCGUCGGAGCCUCCCUGCAGGCGACGCGCUGUACUUGAGUUUCACGCCCCCACAGCCCAGCCGAGGCCACGACCGCCUGGACUUGCCUGUGACAAUUCGCUCCGUCCAUCGACCCUUUGAGGAUCAAGAGAGGCAGGAGCUGGGCAGCCCUGACGAGCGGCUACAUGACAGCAGUGACCCCGACACGGGCAGCGAGGAGGAAGGUGGCAGCCGUCUGUCUCCGCCCCACAGUCCACGAGAUUUCACCCGGAUGCAGGACAUCCCAGAGGAGACCGAGAGCCGCGAUGGGGAGCCUGUGGGUUCUGAGAGCUAAGGGGGCCCCCCUCCCUGUGCCCCCUGAAGAACAUUGCUGAGGGAGGCAGACCGUGGGGACUCCAACCUGCCUUUGACCAGAGAACUUUUGAAAGAACUGCUGUCUGUCCUUGCCAGCUCUUGGGAUCCUUGCACACCUGGGGCCAUUUAGGAAGCUGGGGAGUUGGGCCGCAGCGCCCCCUGGUGGCAUCCAGACGCUACACCACAGAUGCCAAUCUUUCAUGCCUUCUCCCCUCUACUUUAGGAAAAUUUAUUUAUUUAUUGUUUAUUAGCUGUGGAGGGAGAGGGGAGACUUAGAGGACCAGGGACAUGGGAACCAAGCCAUAGGGGUCGGGGGGCCUUGUCCUUCAACACUACUGGGGUUCAUUCAGGCUUAACCAUGUGGCCACUGGGUUCUCGUCCUGACACCGCCCAGCAACCCCCUCUGAGGGGAGGCUGCGGCCACAGGACCCUACUGCCCCUUCCAGAAGGGCUGUGGGCAGGACCAUGCCCCUCUCCCUCUCCUCUCAACCUCUCACUGCUGGUCUCCCUUCUGUCCGUCCUCCACGGACCCCCAGGGAGAUAACGUGGCUUCCUGGAGGUGGUGGGAUGGAGGUGGAGGAGGCCAUAAUGGUCCGUUGCGGGGGUGAGGGAAAACCCCACAGGGACCAGAAUGUCUUUUUGUUAUCGUUGUUUUCUUUUUUGUACCAAAGCCAACUGCACGUAUUUUAUAUUUUUAAGAGAAGAUUGUAGGCAACUAGAAAUUGCAGCCUUCUAUCUCCUCAUCACUGAAGAACUUGAGGGAUGGGGGAGCUUUGACUUCUCCCCUCAUCUGUAGUAAUGGGGAACCUAGUCUGACUUCUUCCCCAGCCGUUUGGAAACAGAGUUCCAGGGUGAGUUGGGGAACCUCUGCGAACCCUGACCUCACCUCACCUCAGCAACCAUGACCUGAAACCUCAGCCUGAACUUGGGGGAUUUUUUAAUGGACCCCCAGUGCCCACCAGCCCCAGACCUUUUCCUGCCCAUUUGAUUGUAAAAAAAAGAAAAGAAAAAAAAGGAUAAAGCAGGGAAAUUAAAGACCUGGAACCCUG